CACAAAACCACUUCAUGAUCUCCGCAAAGAGGGCAUCGUCAGACAGGACGAUAGUUUUACUAGUGUAUAAAAAAGUGAAAUAACUUUUGUUUUUGUGUCUGCACUGUUCCUUAGAAAUAUUGGUACUGUUUCACUAACUUCUAGAAUAUUGAAAAACUCGGUCAACUUUCUCUUCAUUAUCGAUUUCUCUACAGUGAGUAAGCGGAAAGCAAAUACUGAGCCCAGAAAGGUUAAAGCCUAAAAAUGUCUGGAAUCUGCGGUGAAGUGUUUAUAGUGUUAAUUCCAGCAACCGAAUCAGACCAGAUGGUUAUUUUUGGCCGGAACGGAAUGCGACCGGCAUCAGACGUAUUGGAUGACGUGACUGAAGUUUGCUACUGCCCGGCAUCUGCUGAAGCUAGCGGAAAAGUUAUUUGUAAUUCGGUAGAAAUUGAUGGCGCAGCCUCGUAUUCUAUGAUUUUAAAUCAACCAGCUGGAGUUUGGGGUGCUGAAAGCGGUUCUAAUGAAAAAGGUGUUAUUAUAGGAUUAACGUUCAGUGAAGGACAUCCUGUUGAUGGCAAACUAAACGCUACUGAUCUUGUUAGAUUGGGUUUGGAACGAGGAGCCACUGCAUCUGAAGCCGUCGAUAGAAUAGUUGAGCUAAACGCUAGUGCUGGACCAUCCGGAGAGACCAAAGAAUCUGCCAAAGCAUCCUUUGUAAUAUGCGACUGCGAUGAAACAUGGUUAUUGGACAUUGUAGGAUGUUUGUGGGCUGCUCAAAAGCUACUUUUAAACAACAUAGCGCUCAAACCCGGACUAGUGGUUGGUAAGCAAAUUGAUCGAAGCUCGGACUGUUUAGCUUCUAAACUUCAAACAGCUGGUAUUUGGGAUGGCAGUGGAGAGUUGAAUUUCAGUUCUUUGUUCGGAUAUGAUUCGGUUAGAUUAUGGCCAACCGAGGAACCAGUUAAUGAGAAACCAUUUGGAAUAUGUCAAAUGUUUGAAACUCUUCGUGCAGCGGGAUUACAAACAAAAUCGCUCUCUAGCCACGUAUCGGUGUUAUCCAAAAGAGGUUUAUCUAGCCAUUGGUUCACGGCUACUCCAAACCCAGCGGAAUCCGUUUUCAAACCGUUCAUUUUUACUUCUGGAGCCAAAAUCUCUCCGCUUACCAAACUUCCAGCAAAUGCUGGGGAAAAACAAACCCUCUUACAUAAAUUACACAGUAACCGAAAGUGGGAGGUGGUCGGUGGUUUGCUGCAGUCACUCGAAAGUGAAUGCGUCGAUGAAGUUAAUCGUUUUAUAAGCGAUCAUUCUGAGGAACCAAAUCAUGAAUUGGAUGAACUACUGAAGGAUUGUGUCGAAGCAGAGGUUAAGUUCUACCGUUAAAUGACAAGAAUAUCGAAUUUUUGGUAGUAUUCGCAUACGAAAUCACAGCUAGUUACUCUAUUAAAUCAGACCAGCUGCUAUGUAAUAGCACACAUUAACCAACGGUAUUUUAUUGCGAUAUUUCCUAUAAUAUUUGUAAGACUUGCCUAGUUUCCAUACAUGCCGAUUUAAUAUUGGUGGCUAAAUAAGUUAACCUAAACAAUAAAUAUAAUUACUCGAAGUUAGGUAUCAAAUAUCAUCAUCAGCCUGCGAGCACCGCGGUAGAGGUCAAUAGACAUGAUUAUGCCGGCGUAUUUCGUGGUUUGUUAAAUGUACUAUAUUUUAUUAGUGUGCACAUGAAGCUGUGUUCAGAAAAUGUUUUGUGUUUAAAAAUAUGUGUUAUUAUUUUGUGAUGUAUAACGAUGAAAGUUUGUAUGCUUAAAUUUUUCAAACACUUAUAUGAUGAUUUCUUUGGCAUAGGAUCUCAUUUUACUGAUUCCUUUUCAGAUAGGAUCAAGACUGCAUUGAUAGUUGAGCUAUUUUCAUUCGUUAUCGCGCAUAAUUACUGCUUUGUUUGUGUGAUUGUAAGUUUACAUUCGGAUACAUUCUAAGAGCUUCGAUAAAUGUAGCCCUUAAACAUAGUAAUAUACAUUCUACUGUAUUCACUCUCUUUACUGGUAGGUACAGCAGUUAUUAUAAUAGAACCAAAUUAUUCUAUCGAUGCAUAUAAAGCCAAGAAAAUAUUAAAUUGCAUGCAAAUUCUA